AUGGUUCAAGAAGAAAAUGAUACUCUUCAAGAUGAUGAUCCAGCAACAUUGGCAGCAAUUGCAGCCGCAGCAGCGGGUCCGAAGAAAAAAAUGACGAAGAUCACGAAUGGAAAGAAUGAACCAGCUUUUGGAUUGAAGUUGACACCUGAGCAUCUGGUUUUUAAGUAUAUCAGCUACAAUCCAGGAUUUGCUUCCUUCACCAUAACGAAUACGAAACCGGACCGACAGGCGUUUAAAGUCAAAUCAAGUGACAACAAUAUGUAUAGAGCAAAGCCAAGUGUCGGAUUCAUCACGCCCGGCGACCAAGUGCACAUUCGAAUCAUCUACUUUAACACCAACCAGGUUCCUCCACAACCGAACGAAGUGAAGAAACACGUGGCAGUGUAUCAUGUGUCGGCUGGAAAUGCGAAGACGUACAAAGAAGCUUUUGCGAAGAAGGUGGACGGCGUACAUCAUUACUUUUGUAACCAUGCUACUGAUUUUGGAAAAAAAAAACAUUGUAUCUUCAAUUUCCCGGUUUCUUUGGUUCUAGGAUUUUCAGAGUUCGAAGGAUUUGUACAAUUCGAAACUAUAUUUUCAAAAACCAUAACUCGCAUCGAAAUCAAAUUCUGGAAAUUCAGUGAAAAACUCGGUAGUGUUAAUUCAGUGAAAUUUCACAAUUUCAUUGAUAUUCUUAAAGGAAAAAAAAAGAAAGAACUGGGUGAAAGAGAAGAAUCAUUGAGGACAAAAAUAUAA